AUCAGUUUCGUUUUCCAAUCCAAAUGUAUCUAGCAGAAUAUCCCACUGUAGUUUUGACGAUGCUUGAGGUCUCUGGGUGUUUCCAUGUCGUGGCCGUAGAUGGUUGACAUGCCUGGUCCACUUGUCCUUUCCGACCAUUAUCUCAUAUAUAACCUUACCCUUUUUUCCGAUAACCGUUCCGAUGGACCACCUUCCCGGAGUCUGGAAGUUUCGUGCGUACACCAGUUCACCGACCUUAAACCUACGAAGUCUCCCUUCCUGCUCUUCGUUCGUUUGUCCGUUGUGUUUUUCAUCACAUCUAGGAAUCAGGCUAUCAAAUAUCGUUCUAAUUUUUCGUCCGAAGAGGCAUUCCGCAGGAGACUUCCCUUCUGGUGUGUUUGGAUUCGGAGUGUUGCGAUACAUUCUCAGGAACGGUUGGAUUAUAUCUCGUGACACCCUCGAUCCUUCCGCCUUAAGAAGAGCACGUUUAAAUGUAUCUACGAAUCUUUCGGCCUGCCCAUUUGAUUGUGGAUGGUACGGCGGUGAAAACUUGUGCCGAAUUCCGUUUUGUGCGCAGAAUUCUUGAAAUAGCGUAGAUGUGAACUGCGGUCCGUUAUCCGUAACUAGUGUUUCCGGUGUGCCAAAAUACUGGAACAAUUUGCUCAGCUCAUUGAUAGUGUGCUGGGCGGUGGGGUAUUGCAUCGGAAUCACGUCGGGCCACUUCGUGUAGGAAUCAACGAAAAUCAAGUAGGACUGACCGUU